CACCCGCCUCGGCACUCACCCCCACGCCGCCGUCGAUGCAGGACAUAAGGGCCAUACGCGCUCCCUGCUCCCCUCCCUCCCAGCCACGCCAGCUUCCCAUCCUUCUCCUUCUCCUCCUUCUCUUCCUCUUCCUCCUUCCUCAUCCCGCCUCCUGCAUCGCCCUCCCUCCUCUCCUCCCCUCUCCCUCCCCUCUGCCUCUUUGUUGUUAUAAUUUAGUGAACAUAAACUUGUUGGAAGAAUAACAGCGUUGGUUUUAAGAAGAGUUAACUUCUGGUGAACUUUGGAAAGGAAGGAAAGAGUAAAGAUAGAAAAAUAUGAACUGAAUAGAACUUAAAGGAAACUCUUGGAAAUACAAUAGAACGGCAAAAAUAAGACUAUACAUAUAAAGAGAAGGAAAGAGAUAGAGAGAGGAAAAAAAUGGAAGAGAACAACAAAACUGAUACACCAGUUAGAUCGAAGGAGUAAACAGUGAUUUAGAAACCAGACUGAACCAAAAUAUAUACAAGUAGAGAGCGUGUGGUGGUUUCUAGUCAUCAGUUAUUAUUAUUAUUAUUAUUAUUAUUAUUAUUAUUAUUAUUAUUAUUAUUAUUUAUUAUUAUUAUUAUUACUGUUGUUACUGUUACUCCCUUUGUUAUUAUUACUUGUUAUUCGUCAUCUACCAGUGCUGACAACCAACAUCACCACGACCAUCACCACCAUCACCACCAUUACCAAGACCUCCACCUCCACCAUUACAAAAAACACGACUUAAACUACCACCAUCACCACUAUCACCUCCACCACCACAAACUUCACACUUCAGCAUUGCAUUCCUUCAAACACCCCAAUAAUAACACCACCACCACUACCACCACCCCCACCACCACCACCACCACCACCACCACCACCACCACCACCACCACCACCACCAUCACCACAGCCGCUGCCUCCUCCUAAGCCAGCCAGCCAGUCAGCAUCGACCACUUGAAAAUAACACACUUUGAGGAAGGCGUCGUGGCCAGAGGCGCAGGACGGCAGACUUGGGCGGGUUAUUCUCCACCGGCUGAGGAAAGAAAAUUGCGUCCAGAGUCCCUCGAGACCUUCAACAUCGGGAGAAUCGACCACUGAAAUUACGACUUCAUCCAACUCCCUCCCACUCUUCCCUUCACCCUUACCGGCCCCUCUCAUCCUCUUCCUCUUUCUUCUCUCUCAUUCCUCCUCCUCCUCCUCCUACUACUCCACCUCCUCCUCUACACGCCCCCUUCGCUAUCAGGAAAUUAAGGAGAUUCCUUCGUGUUUUGCUGACGUCAGGGGAGCAGAGGACGAGAGUGAUCGGGUUUAGCUCUCCAAGGGAAGACUGGGAGGCUGGCGACGCUCAGGCAGGUCCUGCGGUACGGAGGGUGGCCAGGGAAGCCCGAGGACAUGAAGUGAGCAGGGCGGCACCGCUGGGAGACACUUGCGCCACGGAGGGAGGCGCUUUUCACCACCCGACACCAUCUCGCCGCCAUCACUUCUACUGUCACCACCAAAGAAUGUUAGAGGAUCCCAAUCAAAAUGCUGUAGAUGAGACGGCGCUGGAGAGCCUGGACGACGGUGCGGGUCUAAGGGAGUUUGGAGGGCUGCCGUGCGGCGAGCCGGUGUCCUGCGGGGAUCUGUUUCAGGAGGGCAGGACGUCGGUGCAACUCCUGCCUAUAGACCGUCUGAGCCUCCUGCUGGUGGACGCCUUGGCCAUCAACGGCAGCAACGGCUCCUCGGUGCAACACCCGCUCUUCAACUUUUCGUCAGAUGAGCUGCUGGACGUACUGGCGGGAGAGCAGGAUGGCUACCUGGACCCCGUGACGCAGGUGGUGUUCAUCGUGUGUUACGCCAGCCUCAUGGUGCUGGGCGUGAGCGGCAACCUCAUGGUGGGCUGGAUCAUCUGGCGCAAGAAGACCAUGAGGACGCCGCGCAACCUGUACAUCAUCAACCUGACGGUGUCCGACCUCAGCAUGUGCCUGGUGUGCAUGCCUAUCACGCUGGUGGGGCUGCUCUACAAGAACUGGGGGAUGGGAGACCUGCUGUGCAAGCUGGUGCCGGUGUUGCAGGGCGCCAACAUUUUGGUGUCCACCUCGACGGUGCUGGCCAUCGCCGUGGAUCGCUACGCCACCAUCGUCAAAGUGGGCAGAUCGUCACGGAGUAAAGUGCACGUCACGUCCUCCAUCGCGGCCAUCUGGACCUCGUCUGUGUUGUUCACGAUGCCUCUGUACUUUUACCACAGUGUGACUCAGGUCAAGCUGGGACACAUCGUGCUGUACAAGCGCUGCAUUUUCCAAUGGCCGUCGCGGGCGGCGAGGAACACCUGGUUGAUCCUGUUGCUCAUGACGCAGUACGGCAUCCCCAUCCUGGUGCUGAGCGUGGUGCACGCCCGGAUCAAGCAGUACCUUGGCCACCACCUGAUGGGCCAGUACGACGCGCGCCGCGCAGAGAGGGAGAUCGAAAGGAACCGUAAGACCACCAUCCUUCUCUCCACCAUCGCCGUGGCCUUCGCCGUGUGCUGGCUGCCCUGGCACGUGGUCAACCUCCUCGCGGACUUCGAGUACGAGGGUCUACGGGAACCCACCCACUUCUAUGCCGUCUUCGGUGCUUCGCACAUCAUGGCCAUGAGCUCGGCGAGCAUCAACCCCGUGCUGUACGGCUGGCUCAAUACCAACCUGCGGCGGGAGCUGGUGGAGGUCCUACCGCCCAUCUUCGUCAAGCUGGGCUGUCUGGUGACGGGCGUGCAGGGGCGGGGACGCAGCAUGGGCGGAGGCGGCCCGGGCGACUCACCCACCAGACAGCCCGAGAGUGUCACCCUCUUGGUGUUCCAGACCCACCCACCCACCAGCCUCACCCAGAUGGUGGCCCGCUCACCGCACCCGCCCACCGCCACCACCACUACCACGACCUCCACCACCACUACCACCACCACCGCCACCAACACCACAACCGCAACUACCACUGCCCACAACGUUAAUUGGGAACGACAUGUAGCCCGGCAUCAGCUGGGGGGCAGGAAGAGAGAAAGUGAGGAUUACCGGCUACGCGGAGAGAGGAAGAGGAAGAGGAAGAGAAGAGAGAGGUGGAGGAAUGCGUGGAGAUGGCCUGAAAGAAGAAGAUAACCAGGACAUACUCGAAGGAGAGGAGGAAGAGGAGGAAGAAGAAAACGAAGAUGAUGAAGAAAGAGGACAAGGUUUAAGAGGAAAAGGCAAAAGCGACCUGUUAUUAAGCAGGUCAUUAUUACAGGGACUCACCAAGACGCUCAGUGACCUCGGAAGCAGAGCCAAAGGUCAACUUAACUCCUGGAGAGGUCACAGUCACGGAGAAAGAAAACGAGGUCACGGAUGGAAAAAAGUGCAAGUGUCGUGACCUGACCUUACUACGUCAUACGAGUAAAAAAAUACCGUUUCGGAAAAAAAAAUACGUUGCUUCGGUGCUAAUGACCUUGAUUCGUGCCUGACCUGACUUGACUUCGCAUGACCUGCACAGUGAUGGUAGUGGUGGUGAUGGUGGCGGCGGUGACCUUCAACACCCAAAUGAGGGACAAAAAACAAAGGUCAUUGGGAGGGAAUUCUUUUCAAGGGACCAAACAGCUUUAUGUGAUGAUCAGUGUCCUUCCUUCCUUCCUUCCUUCAUUCAUUUCUUCCAACUUUCCUUCCUUCCUUUUCCUCCUUCCCUCAUUGCUUGCUUCCUUCACAGUGCAGCUUUAAAAGUCAAACUUCUACCUCCUUCCGCCUUCCCUCACGCUUCUCUUCAUCCUCUCACCCUCCCCUGAGAGAGAGAGAGAGAGAGAGAGAGAGAGAGAGAGAGAGAGAGAGAGAGAGAGAGAGAGAGAGAGAGAGAGAGAGAGAGAGAGAGAGAGAGAGAGAGAGAGAGAGAGAGAGAGAGAGAGAGAGAGAGAGAGAGAGAGAGAGAGAGAGAGAGAGAGAGAGAGAGAGAGAGAAUUAAAAGUCGUAUGUUAAAGCAAUGCAAAUUCAUUACAUAGGAAGGAAAUUGGCAUUAACAAGCAACACAGGGACAUUUGGUCCGAAAAGGGAGAAUAAAAAGACGCUUGUGAAGUAACAUGAUUGAACGAUUGACCGAGGGAGGAAUGGCCUUGUGUGUGUGUGUGUGUGUGUGUGUGUGUGUGUGUGUGUGUGUGUGUGUGUGUGUGUGUGUGUGUGUGUGUGUGUGUGUGUGUGUGUGUGUGUGUGUGUGUAGCGUCACUGGUACUACAUUUUCGUCUUUUUUACCUUAAUUGCCUAGACAUCAAGGGUAAUUUAACUGAAGAACCUACAUUAAAUAUCCGUGUGUGUGUGUGUGUGUGUGUGUGUGUGUGUGUGUGUGUGUGUGUGUGUGUGUGUGUGUGUGUGUGUGUGUGUGUGUGUGUGUGUGUGUGUCCGACAUCCAUCCUCGUAUAUCUUUCUUUUUUUUUUUUUUCUUUUUUCCCUCCCUCCUGCCUCCCUCCGUCCCUCCCAUCACGCCGUCACUUUUCUCUCCCCCAUCAAGUGCAUCUAAAGUGACCGCCAAUCUACUCUUAGUUAUGAUAAAGCUCUCGUUAUUAUAGUGUUAAGGCUUUGUGGGGUGUUUGCGGUGGACGGGAACUGAAGGGGAAGUGUCCGCAGUGCAACCCGGAGGUAAUUGUGGUCCGGCAGGGUCGUGAUGUGGUGCGCAGUGCAUAACGUCACGACCUUGUGUUAAUAUUGAGUUAAAGUCCCAUAUUCAUAUACACGAGGAAUGACAUCCUUUUACAGCGUCCCAUAUUCGAAUAACUAAAGGAAACUCUCGCUCAUGCUUUUCUUUUUUUUUCUUUUUCCCUUGUCCCCAAUGUUCAGUUGUCAGUCUUACUUCCCAAGGCCUCACCCUAUACAUUAUGUUGAAAGACUAGCUGCACAAAUCCUAUUACCUGAUGGAAGCCGCUUUUCUUUGGCCUAUAUUUUAAACAACGAUGAGAAAAAGUCUUUGUAUUUUACCCUCUUAUAGGUCAGCACAUCGAUAGUUCUCUUACUCUUCUCACGUCAUCAGGUCAGUAUGUUAAGUCUUGACAUUGUGAGUCUAUCGAGUGUGUGUGUAUCAGAUCUCACUCACGUUGAUAGCAGUGGACUGAACUGCUCUAAAAUCUCUCAGCACUAAAAACUGCCAGAUAAAUAUUAGAUGAAGAAAGAAUUAUUACAUUCCUGCUUUGUAUUCACACUCACAAGAAUAUUAAACAAUAACGACAGCAGAAGAAACGACAAAAUGCAACACAGCAAUGACCACACACACACACACACACACACACACACACACACACACACACACACACACCUGCCAGCAUACAUUAUCCAUGAACUGCUUACAACUACGCUCGCUAAUACAAAGGUGAUUACUUGAGAGUGCAUACCCUUCAUCACCAGGAAAACUUUAAAAACUUCACUUCAACUCCUCUUUCGUCAUUAUCAUCAUUACGGUCUCCAUCCUUCCUGGGUUUAGUUAGAAUGCUGUGCUUUAUAAACAUGCAUUUUUCUUUCAAGGAUAACAUAAAUUUAUUCUUACAUUUACGUCAGUUUCAUAAGACCACAUUUGAAAUAUGCAUAGCAGUCUUUAUCGUCUCGCCAUGCAGGGAUACUACAAAAUAUAUCAUCAUCAUCAUUAUAUUUUCACACACACAAACGCACACACACACACGCAAACACUUGCCCAUAACAUCCUAGCAAUUAAUCACACAUAUCAUACAUAACUAGCAUAUAAUCAUUCUUUUCCAACAAUCAACAAUGUCAUGCAACACACACGUAGCUUCAGCAGUCAUGUAACACACGUACCUCCAACACAUGCUCACCUUUAAGCACACCUGCACGUCAUCCGCCCGCCUCAGAUCCCCUCGUGGCGCAGCUAAGAACAGAGCCCACUUAGCCCCGCCAUGACAGGAACACGCAAGUCUGCUUCAGUCUCCCCUGGACGGCCACAGUUCUCUACGGUCCACUGUAAGACCAAUCUCCCUUCACCCCGUUUUCUUUGUACAGGUUUUCACCUACAUGCCUAUUUUUAUAUGUAGGUUCCUCUGCUUAGGAUUAACGCGUCUACGGUUACUCGUUUUGUAACUCCUUUUUUUUUCGCACAUAAGCAUAUUAUGCAUCAUAUUAUACGAUAUAUAUUUACGUUCCUUAUAAAUACAUGUUUAAUAAAAACUAGUGUUGAUG